AUAAAAUUGCAAAUUCUUCAAACUUGGGGUUUUCCUUCUCAAGAUUCCUCUAGGGUUUUCUGCUAACCCUUCAAUCCAGGUAAAAGUUGAUUUAUACCCCUGUUGCUGAACAUCAAAAGGAAGCUAAGAUGCAAACUGAAAAUGCUCUCUCUGUGCUUGGUUCAAGGCCAAUGGAAAUAGCUACUGUUCCAAAUAUUGGUCCUGAUACUAAUGGAAAGCAGCGAAAAUCAAGUUUGGAAUCACCUAUAAUGCUGCUGACUGGCCAUCAAAGUGCCAUCUAUACAAUGAAGUUCAAUCCAGCAGGAAACAUCAUUGCAUCUGGUUCUCAUGAUAAAGAAAUAUUUCUGUGGAAUGUACAUGGUGAUUGCAAAAACUACAUGGUUUUGAAAGGACACAAGAAUGCAGUUUUGGAUGUACAGUGGACUACUGAUGGCUGGACAAUAGUCUCAGCUAGCCCAGACAAGACAAUUAGGGCAUGGGAUGUUGAGACCGGAAAACAGAUAAAAAAGAUGGCAGAACACUCCUCGUUUGUAAAUUCUUGUUGUCCUGCUCGAAGAGGUCCUCCUUUAAUUGUCAGUGGAUCUGACGAUGGUACUGCUAAACUUUGGGAUAUGCGUCAAAGGGGUGCAAUACAAACUUUUCCAGAUAAGUACCAAAUUACUGCAGUGAGUUUUUCUGAUGCAUCUGAUAAGAUUUACAGUGGAGGUAUAGACAACGAUGUCAAAGUUUGGGAUUUGCGAAGAAAUGAAGUUACUAUGACACUUCAAGGCCAUCAGGAUAUGAUAACUGGUAUGCAGUUAAGUCCAGAUGGUUCGUAUCUUCUUACUAAUGGCAUGGACUGUACACUUCGCAUAUGGGAUAUGCGUCCAUAUGCCCCUCAGAACCGAUGUGUGAAGAUUUUAGAAGGUCACCAGCACAAUUUUGAAAAAAACUUGUUGAAAUGCAGCUGGUCAUCUGAUGGAAGCAAGGUCACAGCUGGAAGUUCUGACCGCAUGGUUUACGUAUGGGAUACAACUUCUCGGCGUAUACUGUAUAAACUUCCUGGUCAUACUGGAUCCAUAAAUGAAUGCGUCUUCCAUCCUAGUGAACCUGUUAUUGGUUCUUGCAGUAGUGAUAAGCAGAUUUAUCUAGGUGAGAUAUGAAGAACAUUCAGUUUUGGGACUUCUUACCUGCACAUUUAGAAUGUUGAUAGUUUGUUGUGACAUCCAUCAGGGGCCGGCAUGAAGGUACCUCUCGUGUUCUCUCUUAGUAUUAAUAGCUUGCUAAGCUUGCUUGUCAUUAAUGGUGAUAUAUGUUUCUUAAAGAUACUAUGAGAUCAUGAAAAUCAGUUUCUUACGACCUGAUGAUGAAAUCUACUUUUCCAUGUAUUCCUGAUUCCAUGCGAGGUUUGGGAUGUUUGUGGUUCUAUUGACAUUUUGCUGGCUUUCCAUUUCCAAUUAUUCCAAUGAUCGCA